AUGGAUACAGUAAUAUGUAUCAACAAGCUGCGGGCUCAGUUCUUGUUCGAUUGCCCUGAGAAGGAACAAAUGAAGCGAAUUAUUAAACCCUACAUUCCUCAACCAGAGAAUGACAUUAGUAGCAAGGAUAACGGUACCUGCCUCGAUGAGAAGGUAGAAAUGCUAUUCACGACUCCCGGUGGACACAAUAUACUACCAGAGCUGGAGUCUCCGCCUAUUUCUGAGAAUUAUAUGGAAGAUUAUGUAUCCACUGGCCGACUGAUGGCGAAAGACAAGCACUUGGCAAGAUCAAGAGGGCACCUUGGAGGACAAGCAAGGGAAAAUGAGAAAGUCGAUAAAGUCGAGGAUCGACUUUCUCCCGAAGUUGAUAAGAAUGAUCCAUCUCCAAAAGAUUCACGCACGGUAGAUGCACAUUCCAUUUCUAGUGCACCUUUAUCAGUUCAGAGUGCAACAGAUUAUACAUCGAAAAAGGACAGUGGAGCAUCCCAACUCUCCAUGAAAGGUGCGGAGCUAGAGGAUCCCAAGAAGAAAAAUGGUAGAAAGCUACCUUUUUCACGAAUAUUCAAAGGAAAAAGAGACUCUUCAGAUUCACACCAAAAGACGCCUAUGAAAGCUAAAUCAGAUCACAGAAAAAAGUCGAGCUUUGAUAUGAAAUUCGAUUACGAUGAUGACAUAGAAGAAGAUGAUGACGAGGACGAGGACGAAGACGAGGAGGGGGAAAAUUUACAGUCACAGUUUUUCCAGAUUGAUUCAGGGUCGAGUAAAUCGUCACAGGCUAAUGGCGUUGCAGAAGGCGAGAACCAUGUUAAUCGAAAAAGUAGCAGUGGUAGCCUGGGAUUUCAUGGGGCUUCAAGUCACGCAAAUGGCACUAGCGCGACAGUUGCGAACGCCAGGAAAUCUCAUUUCCCCCAAAACAUGAUUCCCAGAACUUCACUGCUGGAUGGUGGAAAGAAUGGAAGCUUGAGAUCCGAUCGCUUAAUCAAGACAAACGGCCCGGAGGAUCCGGUUUCGAUCAAUGGGAAAAAGGACAUCGCUGAUGUGGAUGACUAUAGUUCUGAUCUCGAUUCCUAUAUCAAUGAACAGGACUUGGAUAGGCUAAACUUAGAUGGCGAUUUGCCGACAAAUGAUGGCGAUAUCUCCUCUCAACGCAAGUCUGAUAUGCUCGACAGCGCAGAUGGAACAGAAGACACAAGGAUGGUUUUGAGCCAUAACACUGCCUCGGAUAGUGGCUCUUCCUACGGAAGGUCUUUGCUGGACUCAGAUCUUGAUGGUGAUGAUUUUGGAAAGCACAAUUCGCUGGCGAUUGAGAGCGCGUCCUUACUUGAUGAUUCUGAUAUACAGCCAGACACAGUGUCACAUUCGAUCCCUAUGACCUUGGAUGAAUACGGUAUAUAUCACGGCCAGGACGAUUCGACUUUAAACAACGUUUUCGAUAAGGCCGUGAUGGAUAUAAAGUCAACCAAGCCACAGCUACGAGAAAGGAGAUCAUCAGGGCAUUUGAUACCCCACAGUAUAUCCAGUAGGCGGUAUUCCACCAGCUCUAACUUGGGAGGGAGAAUCAAAGGUCAUAUGCGCUCUUCUUCAGCCACUAGUAACGAAAGCAGCAGGCUGAAGGGAGAUCUCACUAAAAAACAUGGCACCGGGAAUGAUACAAGGCAAAGUAAGUUGACCUUGCCAGGCAUCUGUCGCAGUGGCUCGGGUCAUAAAGUUAGUUCCAUUCACAUUCAAAAAGUUACCGAUUUCUCAAAACCGGAAACUGGUGAGUCACUACUCUCAUCACUUUUCAACAGAAAGAAACAUAGUUCCAAUGACGAUUUAGAUGUUUUGGAGUACUUUUCAUUCGUAUCUGGCAACAAAGUGCCAAAAAACGAGGCAACAACUUUGAGAGUUUAUAUUCAGGCUUCAAGGACGUAUCAUCAGGAGCCUUUCGAAGCCAAUGUACGAAACUCUGCAACAAUAUUUGAAGCUAUAGGGUUCAUUCUAUAUCUUUUUUCAACUAAAUUCAAGCCAGACAACCUCGACGAGGAUGGACUAACGCAGGGCGAAAUCCAGGAUCCAAACAAGUUCUGUCUAAAGAUUGUUGACGAGGAUGGACAGCCAUUUGAGGAUGAUUUUGGUAAACUUGGAAGAAAGAAGACAAUUCAAACGCUCUCCGAUAACGAGGUAGUUCUUUGUAAAGUGGGAUCAGCUGAGCAGAAGCGCAAUGAAGAGGAGACACCUCUCCCAUUUGACACCAGCGGCGAAAUAAUAGGAAAUAACCAUCAGAAUACGGCACUCAACCAGUUUAGCUAUUACAAGCCAAUCUUAGGCAAUGAUACGGAUAAGGAAGGUGUAGAUAGUUCCAAGGUAGUCGAGGCAAAGGUUUUUCUACACCCUUGUAAUAACCGAAAGUUCAAUUAUACCACAGUUAAAGUAUUAGUAACCUCCAGUCUAAAUGACAUUUUGGUUAGAUACUGCAAAAUGAAGGGCAUAGAUCCUAACGAGUAUGUCUUGAAAGCGCCAGAAAAGAUGAUAGCUUUGAAUCUGAACGAUACUGUCAUGGGACUCGAUGGGCAAUAUGAGGUGGAAGUGGUUUCCAAGAAGGAUGCAAGAGAGUUAAAGUUGGAGAAAUCCAGACCGGACAUUGGGAAGCCCAACUUGCCGACAAUUCAAAGUACGGGAUUAACACCACUCACUUUAGAGCCAACAUCUGCAUACCUUGGACCUCAAAAUGCUGAGAAAGCUGCCGCUGUUCCCAUUACCAAGGAAAGUAGACCAACCAUCAAAACUAAAAGGUUGGGUUCAAAAAACAAGCUGAUUUUGACCACCCAAAACUCAGGUGCUAGCAAUAUCAGUGGAAGUACAAGCAAUGGAUUUUUCAAAAACAAGAACUCAUCCAAGACCUCACUUCAUGGCUCUUAUUAUACACCAGACCACUUAACACCCAAUGGUGGUGGGAUUAGUGCGGGCGGCGGAAGCACCAACUACCAAGAUUUGUUUUCUGGAGCCUAUCAUAAGUAUAAGGUUUGGAGAAGGCAACAAAUGUCAUUAAUGAACAAGCAUGAGAGGGCACUAGCACUGGAUGGGGACUACAUCUAUAUUGUUCCUCCUGAGAAGCAUUUGCAUUGGCACGAGAAUGUGAAAACCAAAUCGAUCCAUAUAAGUCAAGUUAUUUUGGUUCGCAAGUCAAAGAGAGUGCCGGAGUAUUUUAAAUUAUUCAUUCAACGAGGACAGCACGACAUUAAAAGGUACUAUUUCGAGGCAGUUUCUCCAGAAGAAUGUACUGAGAUUGUAUCUAGGAUUCAAAACUCGUUGGUCGCAUACAAGAUGAAUCAUAAAUAG